ACUGCUGCGUCCACUGUAUCCUGGCGUGCUUGUUCUGUGAAUUCCUGACCCUCUGCAAUAUCGUCCUGGGACAAGCUUCCUGUGGCAUUUGCACCUCGGAAGUCUGCUGCUGCUGCUGUGGAGAUGAGAUGGGGGACGACUGUAACUGCCCUUGUGACAUGGAUUGUGGCAUCAUGGAUGCCUGUUGUGAAUCAUCGGACUGUUUGGAAAUCUGUAUGGAGUGCUGUGGAAUUUGUUUUCCUUCGUAAAUAUUUAUCUUUUGUUUGUGUUAAAACUGGAGAACGUUUUAAAAUUUCUCUUUUAAGAGGGAAGAAAAGCACGUGGUAAGAUUCUCUUGAAGUAACUCAGUAUUUGCACUGUUAACUCAUUUUUAAUUAUCUCUGAAAGCUUUUUUCUCUCACCAAAUCUACAUGGUUUAACAUGUGAAACUUUAACUAACUAGUUUUUGAAGACUUUUAAUAGAUUCUAAUAACUGAGGGACAUUUUGACACACACAUAUACCCCAAAAUGUUAAGUGUCUCCUCCUUUUUCUUGAUAGUUCCAUUUUUUUCUAACCAUUCUCAGGAGCCCUUUGCUCCAAAUAUUUUUUUCCAGUGGGUGUUUAAAUCAGACCACUUAUUUUUACAUUUAUCUGUUAGAGGUUAAAAGUAAGCAUUCUUUAUUUUAAAGAAAAGUCUUUGGCAUCCUGUGUUGAUCUCUAUACUCUGUCCGCCUGCACCACUUGCUCAGCAGACUUGAGUGCAGAUUGUGGAUGCUCUGCUGCCCAGGCUGUGAGAAGAAUAUCAUUCCCCUCCCAUCCACAGCAGUGUGCAGUGUAGCUGAGGAUAGAGACCUAAAAAGAAUGAGCCAUACUACAAUGAAUACUGAAGAGAGGAUUAUAAAAGAGAGAAACACAAAAGGCCAAGGGACCAAACAGAUGAGAACUACCAGAAUAUUGAGGAAGGCUUGAAGAGAAUGUGAAAUUUGAGGAUGCCUUUUAGGAUGAGCGAUUCAUCUGCUACUGGAAUGGGCUAUUUAGAUUUAGGACAAAGUUUUUAGUGGACAGCCUGAGCUGUGUGUGCCUUUAAUCAGUUAAAAGAAAAAUGCCUUCAGCACACUUUCUUUUUACUUGUAGCAAUACAGCUUUUUUUUUUAAAACAAAAAACCUAUAAAAUUCAAAUUAACUAAGAAUAUUCAUUUUCUUACAUAUAACUUAAAUGGUCUGAUAACAUUUUUGAUGAAAACAUAAUACCUUAUUAACAUAGCUAUG